AUGUCAGAAUCCAUCUUUCGCAAGAUGGAGCGACCUCCACUGUACCUUAUCGCAGUCUCUCACCUUAUCUUACUCUUGAUACAUAAAUGGACGGAUCCUGACGAAGAAAGUGCAAAGUCACUGCUCGAUUGUCAUAUAUGGAGCAGCAUAAUGCUGUGCUAUUAUAUUUUUCGACGAUUAGAAUGGCCAGCAGAACCGUCAUCAGUAGGACCUUUACCACAAGCGCCAGUGGAGAAAGCAAAUGGAUGA